CAACUCUGCUAGGUUGCGGCUGGGACUGUAAUUUUAUUAUGAUUUAAUUUUGAUUUGCGAAAAGCUAUUUAUAAGUGAUCAUAAUAAAAUAUAAAUGAGUGCUAACUUCCAAAGCUUAUAAAAAUAUAAUAAGCAUUUCGUAUACCAAUCAUGUGCAGUUUUAAAUUGAUUAAAUUAAUGUAAAUAAUAAAAGAAGAGGUCGGUGCAAAGUGAUUUCUCCGCCCACUGCGACCAUUAUGCGAUUAAGGAGUCGGGAAUUAAGUGUAGAGUGGACGCAGCGGGAUAUCUGAGUAUGUCUGGGGACGGCGAUCGGGCGUCGCGCCCGAACUCGCUGGUGCUGGAGGCGCCGUCACCGGAGCGCGAGCCGUUGCACUUCGACGUGCAGCUGGUAGGAGCUCCGCCUGAAGUCGAGCAACUUGUCAACAACAUCAAGCAAGUCGCCGAAGAGUUCCUCUAUCAUUGGAAAACUUUCCCUAUUGUGCUUCCACCAUCUCGAUUCACGGGUCCGGGCAACCGACCGUCCGACAUCAUUAUAGCGCCCCCGUGUGAGGAGAUCGACGCGGCCGCUUUAGAUGCGGGCACCGAACCUCAGCCCCUGUCUCCAAAGCAGCUUCACUCCAUUAGAGAGAGGGGAGAGUUCGAGGUUCCGUCUCGCCACUUCCCGGGACAGACGCACGUGUGGCGCGUGGCGAGCUGGUUGCAGCGCGGGCGGCUGCGCGCGCGCGAAGAUUUCUACCGGGAUGUCGCGCGCGCCGUCGCUCUCGUCGUCGUCGUGGCCCGCGAUAGACUACUGCGGGACAAACCAUUCUCUGUCAUCGCGGGCGCCAAGUCAUUUCUCCAAGGCUUACACAGCCUCCUAGACUUUGCCAUUGGCAUGCCAUCACUGGAAGCGCGAGACCUUGACAAGAAGAUAAGGGAAGAAAGGUCGCGGUACUUGGUAGCAGAACUGAUAUGCAAGCCCGAGCAGCAGCAGGACAUAGCGGCGCUGGCGGCGUGGGUGACGCGCGCCAUGCGCCGCGCCGCCUGCGAGAAGAGCGACGGCCGCGACCUGCCGCGUCCCGCGCCGCCCGUGCCCUGCCUCUACACCACCCCGCAGCGCACCCAGGUGGACCUGCGGCUGUACCGGCGCGAGCUGCUGCGGCGCGCCGCGGCCACGCUGCAGGCGCUGCUGGACCGCGAGGCCAGGGGCUGGUUCCUGCACUUCCGGGAGCGCCACGCCGCGCACCUCGCCAGCCAGAAGAUGCCCAUGAAGGACAUCGAGGAGGAGGUGAGCGACGCGGCGAUGCGCGAGUACGUGUCCCGCGUGUGCGGCGCCGUGAUGGCGAGCGAGGCGCUGGCCGCGCUGGGGCCCGACGUGCCCGCGCUGCUCGCCGCGCAGCUCAAGGCCUCCGCCAUCGUCGCCAGGCAAGUGCCGCGCACCUCGGUACCGGGCGCGCCCAAUCCAUUUACAUUUCAUUGUAAUUAA